AUGGUCAACAAGUAUACAAUCACCGUCAAGAACAACUCUGGUGCCCACCAGCACUAUGCUCUCUUCAACAAGCCCCCCAAGGUGACGGGUCUGGUCCAGAGUCAAAUCUGGUCCAAUGUGUUUGCGACAGGCAACACGCCAAAGAAUAGCACGGCCAAAUUCUCCGUGUACACACAGUACUAUGCGAUCGUUGGAAAUUCCGAGGGGUCUCCUGCGGACGGUGUUCAGGUCAAUGUCACAGCGGAGCGUGAGGUCAAUCUUGGCUCAACCAAACCCGACGGCGAGGUUGUUCCCGGAACUACUCUAGGCCUUUCCGUGAGCGAAGACGCGCCGGAAUUCGAUGACACCACAUUCCCAGAUAGCGCCUACAAGGAGUCGUACGAAAUCAAGACCAAGAAUGAUUUCACUAUAAACGAUGCGAAGAAGCACAAUUACAUGAUUGGUCUCGGGGGUGCGCAAACUGGGAGCGGCAGCAUGGGCCCGGCUGCCACAUUCAUGCCAGAACCCAAUGUGGACUACCAGAUUGAGCCGGUCAAUGUCUACUAUCUGACCUUCGGUAAUUACACUCAAGGCGCGCUCAUUGAUGUGAACAAGAUCGGGUCGUUGUGCACCAUCGACUACGGUGUUCUUAAUGACGACGUCACUGUCGUCCACGAUGAUCACGGCAACCUUGUUGUCCAGAAAUAG